GCAUAACCAAAUAAAAUAAAAAUCACAAUAAAUUUUGUUGUCAAUUUGGGUUCCUUUUUUCUCUUUUUUUCUUUUUCUCUCUUUAUUAAAGAUGGCAUCCUCAUAUUCAAAUUAUUAUUAUUAUCCUUAUCAUUAUGAUUAUUAUCAAGACAAGAAUGAAUCAAGACCACCACUUAAAAAGUCAUUAUCAACAGGGACAGGCUAUGGUUAUGACAUAGUAUCAAAAGAUUUGAUGGAUGAAAUGCAAGAAAUUGACCCAUCAUGCAAUGAGCAUCUGGAUGGUGAACCCAUGAAUGAACUCGAGUUACUUGCAGCAAAAAAUGCGAUCAUCAAUAGUAAAAUUACUAAAAUUGUUUAUACGCCGACAGAUAAUGAACAGGACGAAGAGCUGACAUCAAUAGAACAAGAAUUUUUGAAUCCAACGAAUAAUAAUAGUAAUGAAAGUCCUGUCACGCUUGUCACAGAUAAAGAAAAAAAGAAACGGUGGCCUUUCUCCCUCUUGUUUAAAAAGGCAAAACAAGAUAUAAUUCAUAAUUAUGAAACCAAUCGUAGUACACACAUAAUUCCUGAUAGUAAUAAUAAAAGCAACGAUGGUAACAGUAUCAAUAGCAGUGCAAGUAGUAGUAAUAGUAGUAGCAAUAUACCAACACCCACGCUAUCCCCUCUUACAUCAAUGUCACCCUUAUUAUCAUCGUCACCGUCAUCAUCACCAUUCUCAGUUCAUAGAGGAGGUGUCUGGGUAUUUCGUGCACCCAGUGCAGGAGGUGUAGUAUACUGGAUCCGAUUUGAUCCCAAAAAUCAACAAAAGAUUACACGCCACUUCCAUUCAAAGAAUAUGGAUGCUCUAUACAUAUUCGAUUCUCAUCUCUGUCGAGGUCAAUUGCCUGUUCUUGUUUUACCCUUUCAAAAGUUAUGUUAUUAUGCCUUGGAUUAUACUGUCAGCCAAGUAGCCUGUCUUCAACUUGCUUAUUUACCUUAUAGGUAAAAUAUCCCUCCCUGUUUUUUAUAAUAAAAAGUAAUAAUUACAAAAGUGUUGCUGGUGAGUUAUCAAGGCGUCUUGCACACCAAGUUUUCCAUCGUUUAGGCAUUAGCCAUGCCCACAAUCUAAAGGCUAUUGUACAA